UUUGUUUUGGUGUCGCCGUUGCAAAGAAGGAAAACACUCCUCCUCGUGUGCCCCGUGCCAGGCUGCUCUCUGUGGUGUUUGUUGCAGUCUGAUUCCUCGAUCCCUCAAUGCUUAGGUCAAGACUGAAGGAUACAUGAGAUAAAUUUUGCUGAAGGCAGUCACCAUGAAGAAAAAACACAACGCUUUUAACAAACAUGGCCCAAGGAAAUCAAAGGUUCAGAAGUUUAGGCGAAAGAAGAAGGGUGACUUGGAGAAGCAGGAGAUCACACUGCUGGAGGCAAGCAAAGCCAAGCUUGAUGGCAUGAACCCUGAAGAGAUUGAGAGUUUUGCUGUCCUCCCAUUAAGCAAGAAAACUCUGAAGGGUCUCCGGGAAGCCAAGUUCACUGUGCCCACCAAGGUGCAGCGACAGUCACUCGUGUUUUCUCUGCAAGGGCUGGAUGUAGUGGCUGCUGCAAAGACUGGCUCGGGGAAAACACUUGCCUUCAUCAUACCGCUGCUGGAAGUGUUGUACAAUAAGCAGUGGACUCAGUUGGAUGGUCUCGGUGCACUGGUCAUCACCCCGACCCGGGAGCUGGCCUACCAGAUAUUUGAGGUGCUGAACAAGGUGGGCAAGGACCAUGACUUCUCGGCUGGCCUCGUCAUUGGGGGGAAGGACCUGAAGUAUGAAUGGAAUCGCAUCAGCUCCUGCAACAUCAUGAUCUGCACGCCGGGUCGUCUCCUGCAACACAUGACUGAGAACGCCGAGUUUGUCAUCGAUAACGUUCAGAUGCUCGUUCUGGACGAGGCUGACCAGUGCCUCUCCAUGGGUUUUGCUGACACCAUGAACUGCAUCCUGGAGGAGCUUCCUUCAGAGAGACAGACUUUGCUCUUCUCUGCCACACAAACCAGAGAUGUCAAAGACCUGAUCCGUGCUGGCUGCAACAACCCAGUGUUCUGCUCAGUCCACGAGCACUCCAAGACCUGCACACCCAAGGGUUUGCAGGAGAGCUACGUCCUGUGCAGCAUCCAGGACAAGUUCACUUUCCUCUGGUCCUUCAUCAGGCACCACCGCAAGCAUAAAAUCCUGGUGUUUCUGGCAACAUGCAAGCAGGUCCAGUACUACUAUGACAUGCUGUGCAAGCUUCAUCCAGGCCUCUCCGUGAUGGGGCUUCAUGGCUCCAUGCACCAGCUGCGUCGCAUGGCUGUUUAUGAUGAGUUUUGCCAGAAAAGAAAUGCUGUGCUCAUCGCCACAGAUGUUGCAGCACGUGGAUUGGACAUCCCUGCUGUGGACUGGGUGGUUCAGGUGGACUGCCCUGAAGACAUCACCACCUACAUCCACCGUGUGGGGAGGACGGCGCGCUACUCCAAGAGUGGCGAGGCCAUCCUGCUCCUCACACCCUCAGAGGAGCCGGCCAUGCUGGACUGCCUCAAGGCCAAGAACAUUCCCAUUGAGAAGAUUGAUGUUGACCCGUCCAAGCUGCAGGGAGUCAAUGUCAAGAUGGAGAUUGUCCUCAGCAAGUACAAUAACCUCAAGGAAGAGGCUGUGCGGGCCUUCAAGUCGUACCUAAAGAACAUCGCUCUCAUGCGGAACAAGAAGGUGUUUGACGUGACAUCCAUUGAUUUUGACGCCUUUGCUCGGUCCUACGGUCUGGUGGUGACCCCCAGGGUAAGGUUCAUAGAGAAGCAGCUCAAGCAGAAGGCCGGCAACAAAGCCAUUAAGCCACCAGCAAGCAGCACAACACAGUCUGAACCAAGCACUUCUGCCCUCUCCUCAAAGCUCACGACACUUGACUUUGGUGCAGAUGACAGUGAUGAGGAUGACGAUUUCCUCAGCAGUGCAAAGGACCAGAAUAUAUAUAUCCCUCCAGAGGACUCACAAGAUUCACAAGUCGCAGAAGAGUCACAGAAAUCCGAAAGCAAGAAGAAGAAACCUUUGACCAAGUAUGCUGUGGUCAAGAAACUCUUAAAAAAGAACCUACAAGUAAACAAGAGGGUUGUGUUUGAUGAGGAAGGGGAAGAAAUACUGGAUCCAAGGACACAACAGGUCUCUGAGGCAGCACGCACGGAACAGGCGGAAGAAACAAGUGGCAUCAACAUUGCCAAACUGAAGGAGAUCAUGAGGGAAGAGGACAAAGUUGACAAAAGGCUCCAUGCAGUGAAGUUGAAAGAGAAAAAUUGGGAAAAGAAGAGAAAAGAAAAGGAAAAGAAUGCAAAGCUCAGGAGAGGUGGAAGUGAUGAUGAAGCAGAUAUGGAAGAAAGCGACGUGGACGAGGACAGCAACAUUGAUGACGAUGACACUCAAGCUAUCAUCGAUGACUUGCCUGACCCUGAUGAGCAUUAUGGAAAGACUGGUGACUCCGCAGAGGAAGAGGAGGAGGAGGAGGAUGAAGAUGAGGAAGACAGUGAGGAGGAAGAAGAGCAACCACAACCUAAGAAGAGUCUGAAGCGCCGGACCAAAGAGCAGGCGAGGGAGGCCAAGAGGGCGCGGCUGGCACAGAGCAACACCCUGGAGUCACUGCCGGUGGACGAGCAGGAGCAGCUGGCCCUCUUCCUCCUCAGAAACAAGCGUUAAUAACCAUGCCAUCACUGAUAAGGGAAAACACUCACUUCAGCCUUAUAUAAGUAAUCUGUUAUUAGUGGUUUUAAUAAAUUAUAAAGCUACA